AUGUUGCAGAGCUGCCGCAAAAGAGAGUGGCAUAGUUGUCUGCCUGGGGAGAAAAGAAUGGGUGGGGUGACGUCAUCGAUCGCUGCUAAGUUCGCCUUCUUUCCGCCGACCCCGCCGUCGUACACGGUGGGGGUAGACGAGUUACGCGGCGGAGCGCAUAGCAUACCCGAGGUUCCGUGGCGGGAGGGUGCCGAUGUUCUGAGGCUGAGGACGCGCCGGGGAAACGAGGUUGUGGCGGUGCACAUCAGCCACCCCAAGGCCACUUCUACAGUACUGUAUUCCCAUGGUAACGCCGCUGAUUUAGGUCAGAUGUACGAGCUCUUCGUGGAGAUUACCCUCCGUCUCCGCGUGAAUCUGAUAGGGUAUGACUACUCGGGCUAUGGACAGUCUUCUGGAAAGCCAACUGAAUGUAAUACAUACGCAGACAUUGAUGCUGUGUAUAAAUGCCUUGUGGAGAAGUAUGGUGUUAAAGAUGAACAACUAAUACUAUAUGGUCAGUCUGUUGGUAGUGGUCCCACCAUCGAUCUUGCAUCACGAGUGCCGAACUUGAGAGGUGUUGUGUUACAUAGCCCAAUUUUAUCUGGGUUGAGAGUUCUAUAUCCUGUGAAAAGGACAUUUUGGUUUGAUAUUUACAAGAAUAUUGACAAAAUUGGUGAAGUGAACUGUCCUGUUCUAGUUAUUCACGGUACGGCAGAUGAAGUUGUCGAUUGCUCCCACGGUAAGCAGCUAUGGGAGCUGUGUAAAGUGAAAUACGAACCUCUAUGGAUAAGUGGAGGUGGACAUUGCAAUCUUGAACUCUACCCUGAGUUCAUUAAACAUCUUAAGAAAUUUGUUCUGGCUCUUGGAAAAACAAGGCCAGCUGUCAGUGGUUCUGGACCAGCAUCACUAACUUCUAACGUUGAUAAUAAAUCUGCCGAAAGCAAUUCCACGGAUGGCUUUGAGCUGCGACCAGAUCCCCCUGAAAUUUCCAGAAACAGCUUGGAUAGCCGACUUGAUAAGUCUAAGAAGUCGAGCAAGCCUGAAAAAUCUAGAAUGAGCACAGACCGCGUGGACAGAUUCAGGAGAAGAAAAGGUUUGAUCUGGUAA